AUGAGCUCUCGCGUGCCCCACAGGCGCCUUGGAUACUCGUAUCUAACACCGCCUUACUACCACACAGACGUAGACGGCGACUCGACGAUGCACUCGUCGCCAUCGCUCGAUGACGCCGACGAGGACGUCUUCCCCGGCGACGGACCCUCGACCCCGCGCAACGCCGCCAGCUUCGCCCUGGGCCCCGCCUCGGAACUGUCGCCGCCGAAUUCGCAAGGUCGCCUCCCCGGGGAGAGCCUCUCUGCGCUCGCUGGUGGUGCGCCUGCUCCCUCGAUGAUCAAUGCAAACGGCAAACGUGCUCACCCGUCUUCAGUUGCAACUGCCGCUCCCCAAAGCGCUGGCGACAAGAAGUCGGGCCCCGUGCAGACGGAUUCUGUUACUGGAUAUCGAUGGUCGAGUGCGGAGGAUGCGCCGGGAUAUGAUUGGAAGACCAAUCGGGCGAGGGACGACGAGGCGAAGGCUUUGGACGCCGUUGUGGACAAGGGGUCCAUGAUCAAGACUCGUUACGGCGACCCUUUGAAGCCCGAGGUACCCAUGACGCUCAAGCGUUGA